AGAAACGUGAUCCUACUGCGCAUGCGCAUAUCGCCUCCCUUCAUAUCUUAGCCAUUGCCAUGUAGAGCUCAUUGGCAUUUUAGCUUAAUCUGCUACAGUUUUGAUUUAUUUCCAGGUUUCAAAAAAUGUCCGAGCUUGAAGCUAGUGUAUCGUGUUCUCCGCAGUGUGCGGAAACAGACAAAAUCAAAAAUACAGACGAUAUCAAUCCAGAAACAGUACAAAACACUAACACCAAUAUUUCUCAGGUUGAAGAAGGGUCUCAGAGCGACAGUGAUCUUCUCAAAGGCUUGUUGACAGAUAACUUCUGUCAUGUCUGUGAAGCAACCCUGCUUUACGAGUCCCAGAGAGUUUCUCAUUAUGAGGGGAAAAAGCAUGCACAAAGAGUCAGGAUGUACUUGCAGAACAAGACCAUUAAUAUAAAUAAGCCGAGCCAAGAUUGUGGAGGCCUUUUGAGAGGUCUGUCUGCAGAGAAGUUCUGCGAGCUGUGCAACAUGGUAUUCAGCUCUCCAACUGUGGCCAAGUCGCACUAUGAGGGCAAAGUUCAUGCAAAGAACAUGAGAAAAACCAAUCCUCCGCCACCUGGAGCACCCAUCCUAGAAUCCACAAUUCCUGAUGUACACCCAUCAGAGGCUGCUGUGCAGAAUCAGAUCAGUCUGGAGGAGAAGGACACUUCUGGCUUGGACGAUCAAGAGGUUGAUGUCAGUGAUCCCAACAAGUACUGUACACUGUGCAGCGCUUCCUUUAACAACCCCCUGGUCGCCCAGCAGCACUACAGCGGCCGGAAGCAUCAGAGGAACCAGGCCCGGCAAGAGAUGCUCGAUCAGAUGGGGGAACAGUCAGAACAUGCGAGCUCCCUGACUUGCCCGAUUUGCUGUCUGACACUCAGCUCAAUAGAGAUGUACCAGGCACACAUGCAGGGAAACAAACACUUUGUCAAAGAGAAGAAAGUUAUGGAACUGUGCAAAUCUCAGAAGAAAAUGUACGACUCCUUCCAGGAUGAGCUGGCUGACUACAUCCAGGUGCAGAAGGCCCGGGGACUGGAUCCCAAAGCAGGACUGGGCACCAUAGGACAAGCAAGCAAGGGUCUGGAUGAGAGUGUGAAAGAAGGUCUACAGAUACCAGAAGAGAUGCCUCAACCUGGCCAGCUGGUACCACGUUUUCCAUCUCCUGGUUUCCCUCAACCUCACUGGCACCCACAAUUCCAGUCUCAGGUCAAUCAGUUUGGCUUUGGUAUGAGAGGCCCUGCCCCACACUAUCGGCCGGGAUUUAUGCCCCAUCCCCGUCCUCCUUUCCCACCUGGUCACCUGUAUAAAAGAGGGAGGAGCCCUGAGUCGUUUAGCUCCUCCUCUUUCUCAGACUCCUCCUCCUACACUAGCAGCAGUAGUGACAGCAGCAGCAAUGACAGCAGAGAGAGGAGGAGACGGAAGAGGAAGAUGAAAAAGCACUUGAAGAGCAGAAGAGACCAGGAGGAAGGGUCUGAUACAGAACGAGGAGAAAGGAAAAAGAGGCAGAAGGGAGACAGGAGAGGAAGUGUAGAAGGAGAUGAUGAUAGAAAGAAAUGGAAGGAGAGAAGAAAAAGAGAGAGGAGCUCUAGUGAAGACGAGGAAAGCAGGAGCAAAAGAAGAGCAAGCAAGAAAAGUAGGAGGCACGGGGAGAGACGAAAAGAAGUGGAACUCUUGGAGAAACAAGAGGUUGAAGUGCACGAGGAACCACAAGGAAAGAUGGAGGAGCACGUAGAGGUCAGGACAGAAACGAAAGAUGGCAAACACAAACACAGAAAAGAGAAGAAAAAAGGAAAAGAGAAGAUGAAUCAAGACAACAGGACAGAGGAGGAAAGGCUCUGGGAUGAGACGAUUCUUGGUGUUUUUUAGACUUUUGUUUUUUUUUUCAAUGAUGGUCUGACAGUAUUGUUCUAAUAAAUCUGUACGGGACCCCAGAAAACCGCUUUGCUGAAAUCUUCUGGGUCCUUCUCACUAUUUAUGCUUUCUGAAGAACUCUAAAGGCCUUUCUUUUAUGCAGAAACUCAUCUGAUCACAAUUCCUUUUUAAGGAAUCAACAGUGAAAAUUUUGUCACGAUUCACUCACCCUCAUUUCAUUUUCAACUCAUAUGUCUUCUAUGCAACAUAAAAAUAGAUGUUAAGAAUGUUCAUGCUGCUUUUAUCCAAUGCAACAAAUGUGUAUGGAAGCUCCAAAAAUGACAAAAAAGUCAAAGUCAGUAUGACUUCUGCACUAUAUUUUGGUAAGAUACAGAUCAAAACUGAUAGAAAAUAUUGGUUAAAAAUAUUGCUGCCUGCAAUUCCACAUAUUCAACCUUGCUGUGUUGAGCAAAAAACUACAGCGUUUGUUAAAAACUGGCUGGCUGCACAAUUUGUAUGAAUUAACUGUUGCUUUUAAGGUGCUUUUGUCACUUUUAGAGCUCGACAGCAUUCACUUUCACAGUGUGGAAAAGAGCAACAUGAACAUUAUGCUAAAUCUCUUCUUUUGUGUUCCACGAAGAAAGGAAAUCAUACAGGUUUGGAAUGAGAUGAGGGUGAGCAAAUGAUGAAAAUGUUAAUUCCUUGAAUUGCUCAGGACUACAGACUUUAGGAUGUCUCUAAAGCUGCACUUCUCUCUUGGAGAAAUCACUAACUUUAUACCUUGCGGUGUGAUGCAAAAACACUACGUGAGCCAUCCACCCAUGUCCAUGUGGAUGUGUCCUUCAACUUGCUUCAUGCUUUGAUCAAAUAAACCCCCCUUCCACUGUUUAUAUCAACGUAGAUUUAGUAUUUAUUGUUGAACUUUUUCUAAAAAACAAUCUCUUAUACAUCAACUUUUAUUUCUGACUUAAUUGAAGCAUUUCCAGUUUUAGUCUCAAGGGGGCAUUGAAUGCAAAUGUACACAUUACAGUACACUGUGGAUCUGCUAGAAACCUCUUUCAGACUUACUGUAAUCUCUCUGUGUUCAAGAAAUACAUGAAAACAAGAAUGAACGGUGUGAAUAAAAUAAAGAGUUGUCAGAAUAUAGA